UGUACAAAAAAAAUAAAAAAAAAUAAAAAAAAAUAAAAAAAAUAUAUAAGAGCUAUCUGUGAUCAGAGAUGGCGGGCGCCUCCGACCCCCUGGAAGAUAUGCUCUUUUCAGAGGUGGAUGAAAAAGCUGUGAGCGACCUGGUGGGCUCGUUGGAGUCACAGCUUGCCGGCCAAAGCAACCCCGCAGGGAAAACGGACGAAAACGGAGGCGCUGGCUCGGUGCCCCCCGCUAACCAUCACUUAGGAAAAACGCUACCAGCUCCAGUGGGCACCACAACACUAGAACAACAACAACAAGGACGGCGUAAUAAACCUGAGAUGCGCCAGGAGAUCAACUCUAAAGACGCUAGCCUGGACAAAACUGUCACAUCUCCACCUGCGGGCUGCACCCCUUCCUUCGGCGAGCCGUCCGCCACUUCAGCUGCCGGUGUUAACGCCACUAGCAGCGGGUCGCAAUCACAUGGAGCAUCCAUCACAACACUGACUGCAUCUGGCGUGUCAACUUUGGCAUCCACGCCGGCCAGCAUCAGCACCGCAUCCAGCCGGGGGUCCAAGGUGAGCCCGGGCACGGGUGACACGGAAGCUAGCCCGCCGAGAAAACGCAUCACCACCCCGCGGAGGAGCGCCUCGGCUCGGAUAAAGAGUUUGAACGGCGCUGCUGUAACGACGAGGAGGAGCAGCAACACCACCGCCGCCACCACCGCCGCCACCGCCGCGGUGGCAGAGGCUGUUAGCUCCGUGGACACCAGCGCGAACUCGACCCGACCGGCGACCUCCUCCAUCAACACCUCGACGUUCACAUUAUCCAACGCGAACCUCCCCGUCGGUCAGUCGGCUAUCGCGCUGGACCGGGGGACCCCCACCAUCGCCUUGCACAGACUCCCGAGUCACAUCGUAGCGAGCAUAGCCCAGAACGGCAACGGGACCAGCGUGUCGGCCUUGGUCCAGCAGGGCACUGCUCGCUUAGGAGCCUCAGCCCCACAGGGAAACCACGGCAAACCCGUCACGGACACUGGGGCUUCCCAGGCAGACGAUUGUCAGUCCAAAAUUGUAAUGUCAAGCCAGUCUGGUAGUGUCAACUCUGUAAUAAACACUGUCCCCCCUGCGCCUUCUGUUGUCACACCUACAACCACCACCACCACCACCACAGCAGCAGCAGCCACGACCACCACAGCAGUGAGCCAGCCUGUGAGCUCUGCUGCUGCUGCUGCUGCUGCUGCUGGGGUCACAGGGGUGGCAGCAAGUUCUGUAUGUGGAGCCGGUCAGACUACAUCAGUGACUACAACCCUCAGCAUGGUCAGGCCCACAGCCCCCUCUCCGACACCCGCUGUGGCCACCCCUGCACAGUCUCAGCCCCGUCCUGGACUUCCAGCAGCAGCACCUCAGAGGAUCGUAGCCCCCCAGCUGAUUGUCAGACCGCCUCAGCAGCAGACGACCAUUCAGCUGCCCCCCGGGUUUACCAUCCCACCGGGGAUGGUGUUGGUACGGACGGAGUUGGGCCAGCUAGUGAUGGUUCCCCAACAGGCUCUGGCUCAAGCUCAGGCUCAAGCUCAGGCUCAGGCCCAGAACAGCAUCUCUCCGCGACCUGCCACCCCCACAACAGGAGCAUCCUUCAGAGUAACGACUCCACAGUCUCCUGUGACCUCUCAGACCACCAGGCAGUGUCCUUUGACCCCAGCCAAGAUGGUACCGUCUGCCUCUCCCACUCCUUCCAGUCCUGCCCUUCAGACCUCCUCCUCCUCCUCUUCUUCCUCCUCCUCCUCCUCCUCCUGUCCUGCACUCCGCCCAAAGGGCCCCGUGGCACCGGCCGUGGCAGUGACGGCUCCGCAGCAGACCCCCGUGGUUAUGGCCCCCCAGGCUCUGGCCCAGCCUGCCUCCCAGCCAGUGCAGCCUCCGCAGACGGGCAUUGCCUCGCCGCCCGGAGGUCCUGUCGUGUCCCAGGAAAUGCAAGAGAAUGUCAAGAAGUGUAAGAAUUUCCUGGCCACACUCAUCAAGCUGGCGUCUCACAACUCUCCGUCCCCUGAGACUUCCAAGAACGUCAAGGCUCUGGUUCAGGACCUGCUGGAUGCCAAGAUUGAACCGGAGGAGUUCACCAGCCGGCUGCAGACUGAGCUCAAGUCGUCUCCGCAGCCUUACCUGGUGCCCUUUCUCAAGAAGAGCCUCCCGGCCCUGAGGCUGUCUUUGCUGAAUAGUCAGCAGUCCCUGACCCAGCCCCCGCAGCAGGGAGUCAAACCAGCACCCGGCGGCACCCCCCCUGCCAUCGUGGCCGGGCCAGCUGUCCGCAUACGCCACCCGAACAGCGUCAGCACCUCUGCGGGUGCCAGCGCGCUGCCCGCCGGGACGCUGGGACAUGCAGCUGCUGUGGGUAUUAAGACAGCGAGCACCGUCGGUGGCCAGGUCCGGAUGCCCAUGGUGAUCACACAGUCUGUUAGAGCGCAAGGCACGAUGGGGAAGGGAGCCAUCAUCCAAGCAGGCAAAAGUCCCGUGGGCCUGGCUGUGCAGAUCUCUGGGAAUCAGAAAAACAAGCUCAAUGACCCCGGAGGAGGCUCUUUCAGGGACGAUGACGACAUCAACGACGUCGCCUCCAUGGCCGGGGUGAACCUGAACGAGGAGAGCGCAAGAAUACUCGCCACCAACUCUGAACUCGUGGGAACGCAGAUCCGCUCAUGUAAAGACGAGGCCUUUCUCCACCCGGGACUGCUCCAUCGACGAAUAUUGGAAACAGCCAAGAAGUUUGGAGUCACAGAGGUCCCCAUGGAGGCAGUGACGUUCAUCUCACAUGCUACACAGUCGCGACUUCGGACUGUGGUAGAAAAAGUUUCUACGAUCGCGCAGCACCGGCUGGACUCCUGUAAGGAUGAUGAGUGCUACGAGCAGUCUGCAGACGUUCGCUCUCAGCUUCGCUUCUUCGAGCAGCUGGAGAGAAUCGAGAAGCAGAGGAAGGACGAGCAGGAGAGAGAGAUCCUGUUGAAAGCCGCUAAAAGUCGCUCCAGGCAAGAGGACCCAGAGCAAGCUCGACUGAAACAGAAAGCUAAGGAGAUGCAACAGCAGGAACUGGCCCAGAUGAGGCAGCGAGAUGCAAACCUCACAGCACUAGCCGCCAUUGGACCCCGCAAAAAACGUAAAGUGGACUCUCCAGGGGCCACCCCAUCAGGGACAGAGGUUUCGGGCAGCACGGCGGGCUCCCUGGCCAGCUCCUCAUCCCCGUCCACCUCAUCGCGCCAGUACACACGGCAACGCAUCACUCGCGUCAACCUCAGGGACUUAAUUUUCUACAUGGAGCAGGAGAGAGAGACCGCCCACUCCCUCCUCCUUUACCGUGCCCUGCUCAAGUAGCCUCUGGUCCGCUCAGCGCCCACCUCAACCUCCUCCUCCUCCUCCUACUCCUCCUUCUCUUCUUCCUCCUCCUCCUCCUCCUCCUCCUCCUCCUUCCCCAGCCACGUGCCUUCAGAUCAGGUCUAAUGUUUCUGCUCUGUGUCUCCAUAUGUACUGUAGUGACGUUUGAUGUAGCUUUUAAUAAGAAGUGAGAAGACAGAGAGAGAGAGCGAGAGGGGAAAAAACAAAACAAAAAAAAAAAACGUACAAAAACAAAACUGUCGUUCCGUUUAGAUUCACGGUGUGUAGUUAGAUCAAUCAGUUUAAAGGCCAUAUCAGAUUCUUUGUGUUGAGGUUGAAUUUGUUUAAGGAACAAAGUGGUUUCAUGUCGCAGGACUGGAUCCGGAACUAUGUUGGGUAGCUAUUUAUUUAACAUGGUCGGCAGUAGCUUCAGUGAGCCGCCUCAGUGUAAGGAGCAUUACGUUACGCACCUCGAUACAGCCUACGUUACUUUCCACGAGCUAUUUUGUUGAACACAGUUCAAUGAAUGUAGUUUAGCCGAACUCAAUAAAACGAGAGACUUCAACCGAUCUCUCUGCAGAGACGUCAUCCUGAGACAUUAAGAUUCCAAAUAACAGCAUCACGUCGCGUUUCCUUACUGUAUGUGUAAAUAGUUCUUUUUGAAUUAUUUUACAGCACGUGUAUUUUUUAAUCACCCGUAAGCUUUGUAAGAAAACAAUUACCCAUGUGUCGAUAUUAUGAAAAUCUGAUGUUUUGUAAAACCAUGUGCUUUUGAUUGAGUCAAAGAUUAGACAGUUUAUUCUCUUCACCUGUAGAGUAUUAGUUAUAAAACGGAGUCCUGCAAAGGUCAUCAAACUAAACCCGGUUCUGAUUGGUCGCCCCUGAUGAGGGAGUUUGUUGUUUUUUUUUCCCUACAAAUAAUGUGAACAUUGUCUUUUAUGACUAGAUGCUUGUAAGUUGUGUACUAUCGCGCUCACUUCUUCAGAUAAAGCUCACCUGGUUUUAAAGGUAGGUGCGGUUCAGAGGUCAGAGGACUGAAACCUCGGAUCAGAACACACAUUCCUUCAUCUUUUUCCCCCGCCGUCGUCCUCUCUGGAGUCCUCUAACCUUGAUAAGGACCGAACCGCAGGUGUAGUCCACGAGGCGGACGAGUGCUCAGCAUUUCAACUUGUUCAUAAUCUGACCCUAAAUUAAAUAUCGCGGCUGUGAGGUGACGUGUGACUGUCGGUGAAGCAGUCGAUUGAUUUCCAUUUUGUUGUUUUUCCGUCUUUGCGUCACUGAUCGAAGAGAGGAACGAGACAAAACGCCUGCUUUCUACAUGUCGUACUGCAUCGUCGCCUUGUUUUUCUUCAUUUUUUGUUUUUAUUAUCAAAUCCUAAUAUUGUCCAUUAUGUUUUUUCUAUUUAACUAAAUAUCUUGGCCUCUAUGCAGCUUUUUUCUUGUCAUAUUGAAAUUUAUUUAAAUAUGAGUGACAUUUGAAACAAUUGUUGUGCGUUGUACAUUUUGACAGCACUUUUUUUUAUAUCUAUUUUACCUGACAACUGAAAGCUGUCACUGUAUUAUAGCAAAGAAACGACUCUUUUAAGUAGUGAACAGUAUUUGCCAACUUCUGUCAAAAGAGACUUAUUUUUAACAAUUAAUAUAUUUUCUUUUUUUUUCUUUUUCUUUAUUGUUUCUUUUAUUUGAUCGGCUUUUAUGCUUAACACAUUUUCAUGAAUUUUAUCUCCAAAAAAAGUACCAUGUUUUAAAAACAAGCACAACAUAUCUAUUGAUUAUGAAGAAAUAUGAUUUUAUUAGUGAUUUCUAUGGUUUCUGGUGGUUUCACAGGAGGACAUUUCUACUAAUACUACAGCUUUUUAGCCAAAAUAUUAGAAAAACAAUAUCACUGAUGUAAAAACACAUGGAGGAAAAAUAACAUUUCAAUUGUAUGGAUGAUUUGUAAAUAUUGUUUACAAAACUAUGUGUUUAUUAGAAACCACGUUAUUUUUGGUAAACUCUUGUACAUAUCUUGAAAAUUUCCUGUUUGUGUGAAAAAACAAUACUUAUGUAUUUGUACCUAUUUUGUAAAGGAAUAAAUAAGCUGUUUACUAAACUGA